AUGUGGCCCGGCCAGGCCAUGACUCUCAAGGUCAAGAAGGUCGUUCACCACGAGAAGAGCAAGUACCAGGAUGUGCUCAUCUUCGAGUCGACCGACUACGGCAUGGUCAUCGUCCUCGACAACGUCAUCCAGGCCACCGAGCGCGACGAGUUCUCGUACCAGGAGAUGAUUACUCACCUUGCCAUGAACUCGCACCCCGACCCCAAGCGCGUCCUCGUCAUCGGCGGCGGCGACGGCGGGGUGCUCCGUGAGGUUGUCAAGCACGAGUGCGUCGAGGAGGCCAUCCUCUGCGACAUUGACGAGGCUGUCAUCCGCCUCUCGAAGCAGUACCUGCCCGGCAUGUCUGUUGGCUUCGACCACCCCAAGUCCAAGACCCACGUCGGUGACGGCUUCAAGUUCCUCGACGACUACAAGAACUCGUUUGACGUCAUCAUCACCGACUCGUCCGACCCCGAGGGCCUGCCGAGAUGCUCUUCCAGAAGCCCUACUUCCAGCUGCUCCACGACGCUCUGCGCGAUGGCGGCGUCAUCACCACCCAAGGUUCCAGCCUGCUCAGUUGCCUUACGAUCCUUGGACCCCCCCCCAACCGAGAACCAGUGGCUGCACCUGCCCCUGAUCACCAAGCUCCGCAAGGACUGCAACGAGAUCUUCCCCGUUGCCGAGUACGCCUACACCACCAUCCCCACCUACCCCAGCGGUCAGAUCGGCUUCAUGGUCUGCUGCAAGGACGCCAACCGCAACGUCCGCGAGCCCCUGCGCAAGUGGUCCGCCGAGGAGGAGGAGAAGCUCUGCAAGUACUACAACGCCGACAUCCACAAGGCUGCCUUUGUCCUGCCCAACUUUGCCAAGAAGGCCCUCCAAUAG